AGUUUUAAUACCAACAUUAUACUAAUUUUGUUUUUUCUCCUUAAUUAUUUCACUAUUUCUUCUAAAAUUGUCAAGGGUUAAUAAUCCUGCAAAAAGUACGACCGUUCUUUUACAUUGUUGUUGUUGUUUGCUACCUGUAUUUAUGUGUUCUUACGCUAAUCACCGUUUAGCAACCGCCAUUAGUACCUGCUUGCAGCUUUACUUAAACAUAAAUUCGCAACUAUCAUUUCAUUUGCACUCGAAGUCUUGUGAAAACUAAACAAAGUUCAAAAAUGCUAAAACUAAUAUUAUUUUAUCGCGUAAUUUUAUUAUUGACGUGCUGUGUAGCAUUUAUAUUUGCACAGCUAGAGAGCACACCUGACGCAAUGGCACAACUUGCCGAUUUAUUAGGUUUAAGUCAGGCCAGCGCGCGUCUGAAAAGACAACCAUCGUUGAGCAAUUCAGCGGCGAAAUUUUUGCUUGAGGUUUACAAAGAACUAAGCGAUGAGGAUGAAAAGAAUUUACCAGAAGUGUUGCAGAAUCUACAUAAAACGCGACAUAGACGUGCGCUCAGCGAAGACAACUUCAUAACACCAUUCGAUCGCAGAGAGAUUGAGUUAAGCAACAACAUAAUCACAUUCGCCAGUAGACCCGUGUCGUUGCAUGCGAUUUCUACACAUUUGGGCGACAUGCUUAUCAAUUUUAAUUUGAAUGACAUACCAAACGACUUGGAAUUAACACAUGCCGCCAUACGCCUGUACCAAGAUCCACAACUGGGACAAUAUAGCACGAAUGUCGAGUAUAAUUGCAGCAUCGCUGUCUAUCAGCCCGUAGGCGUUUCUACGCUACACAUUGCAACGAUAAACACCACCACCGCAUUCAGUGGUUGGCUGGAGUUGAAUGUAACAAAUGUGCUCAAUCAAUGGUUACGCUUUCGUACACUUAAGCAGAUACUCAACGGCAAUGAGUUGCUAGUUGGCGUUACGCUGCAUACGCCACACACAAACGCGGCAGUUACGCUCAAAUUGCAACAAGUUGCUGCUACAGACGUCGGUUUAGUGCCGGCGCAAAUGCAACCGGAACUGCUUGAACUGCAGCCCUUCAUUAUCGGCUACUUUAAUGGUCCCGAUUUGAUGGCCAAGUUGCAACAGCGCACAAGUCAACAAAACAAGCGUCGCGUGCGUCAUGCCGACUCCUUUCGGCAGCAAACAGCGCCACAUUUGCCGCACACCAUUCAUAUUAACAAGGAGAUCGUUUUUGAGCAACCCAAAGCAUGUGAGCGACGCAACUUUACAUUGGAUUUCAAAUAUUUGGGCAUGGAGAAAUCGGUAAUUGCACCGAAAACUUUCGAGGCUUUCUACUGUUUUGGCGAGUGCAAUUUCCCCUUGGGUACGCCUAUGCAUAAUGCCACUAAUCAUGCUAUUGUGCAGACGCUGAUGCAUUUGAAGCGCUCAAAUCUACCGAAACCAUGUUGCGUGCCAGUCAAGUUGGCCUCCAUAUCCAUACUGUACUCGGUCAAUGAAGAUAGCGUGAAUUUGAUGCGUUUCUCGCACAUUGUCGCCAAGGAGUGUGGUUGCCGUUAAAUGUUGACGUGGUUUUAGACAUGGUGUGGCAGACGAAAUUCAAAAUAAGUAAUAGUUUUAAAUAAAGUAGCAUAGUAAUUAUAACGGCAACAUGUAAAUACAUACAUACAUAUAUUUAAUUAUUGUAAAUUUGUUACGUUGAACAUAAUGAGAUUUUGCUUGCUUACAUACAUAAGUAUAUACUAAGUGUUAAAAUGUAAGUAUGUGCGCGCGUGCGUAUACAAAAAAAAUGUGUUAACAACAACAAUUUACUUUGUUCGCUUUUAAUUUGUAGUAACUGGGUUGGCUGCAACGAAGUAAGCUUCAGUAAAACUUGUAACGACUUUCAAUGGACUCAAAUAUUACAUAUUUUUACCAUAUUGUCAACAGUU